GCUGGCUCCGCGUGCUGGCGCCGGAUCCGCGCGGGUCGCUCCGCUGGAGGCAGAGCGGGUGGCGCCGCAGUGGGGCAGCGCCUCAGUCCCUCUGGCUGCGAGCUUGGGCGCUGCCGACCGCGGGAGCUGGCCGGCCGGCGAGCCCCAGUCCUCCCCUCGUAGACAGAACCGGGGAGCGCAGAGUCACCGCCCCGACCCCUUCCCCGCCGGCGGCAGCGCGGACAGAGGCCCCUUUGGUUCCCAGGGCUUCAUGGACGGAUGAGAGGAGCGACACUGACUCGCCCCUGACCGCCUUCUCAUCAGCCAUGGAGGAAGUCUUGCUGCCCCUGGCCCUCACCUCUGACCCUAGGCUGUUUAAUCAGCAACUCCCAGAGGCUCCAGACCCAAGAUGUGUCCUGGAACCCCAGGACGAUCCUCAGCUGACCCCCGCCCUGGUGUGUGCCCUCUGCUGCUGCUUCGGGAUCAUCUACUGCUGCUUUGGCUACCGCUGCUUCAAGGCCGUGAUGUUUCUCUCUGGCCUGCUGUCAGGAGCUCUGGUGAUUUUCCUGCUGUGCCACAAGGAGCGGGUGCUAGAGACACAGCUGAGCCUGGAGGUGAGCGCGGGCAUUGCGCUGGGCAUCGGACUCCUCUGCGGCCUGGUCACCAUGCUGGUUCGCAGCGUCGGGCUCUUCCUGACUGGCCUCCUGCUAGGCCUGACCCUGGGUGCUGGGGCCCUGCUGGGCAGCGAGCCCGUCUACCAGCCACCUUCAGCCUGGGUGCCGGCCGGGGGGCUGGUGGGGCUGGCGCUGCUGGGUGCCCUACUCACACUCCGGUGGCCACGGCCAUUCACAGUCCUGGGCACAGCCCUGCUGGGUGCCGCGGUGCUGGUGGCCUGUGCUGACUACUUCUUGGAGGGACUGGCACUGGGCAGCCGGCUGGGCCAGCGCCUACAGGCACUCCCAGCCUCGCCUCCUCUCUGCUGGUAUAGCUGGGUCUUGCUGGGGACCUGGCCGGCCCUGGGGGCCCUGGGGGCCCUGGCCCAGUGGAAGCUCAUGGAUGAAGAACACGGAGGCCACGCCAAUGCAGUGCUCUUGAGCCGCCAGCGAAGGCAUCUCCAGCUCCUUCGGAUCCGUCAGCAACAGGCCAAGUGGCACCGGACCUCUUCUGGGGUGGGGCUCUGUGAGGGCAGCUACCAGGGCUACCCCAGCGCCCCCCGGAGCCCCGCUGACAGCCUGGCCCCCAGUUACCUCCAGAGCCUUCAAGAGCGCCAGCGGGGACCAGGCCCCCAGGCCACGGCCCCCCACACCAUCCUGGACUUGGAUUCCGACUGUGGUUCCACCGUGCCCCUCACCAGACCCUCUGUGUCCCCCCAGACCUGAGCCUAAGCCCCCACUGAUGCCCACCCCUAGCGAGGGCCUGGAGCCCGACUAGGUGCACAGGGCCAGGCCCCUCUUGGACUUGGGGGUGGAGUCCGUGCUGCAGCCACACUGGCCUUGUAGGGCUGCGUUUCAGGGACAGCGAGAGGAAGCCCGCGGGGAGGGAGGAGGACGGGAUCGUGAACACGCACCUCUGUGCCGUCGUGGCGCCCUGGUCCCCAAAAUAACGGGCUCCCUGAUGCCUUCCAAACCGAGGAGGACUUGACCUGCCUCGCCUGUUAGCGUGCCUCGCAGGAGCCAAGCAUGGGGUUGGGUGUUUAGAGGACCGGGGGGCUCUCGGGAGGCCCCCACACGCUUGGUAGCUGUUCCCCUUCUCUUUCUAAUCGUAGUCCUUUUAUUGCAGUAAUGCUGGCUGACAGCGCCGCGUGAGGUUCAGAGGUGCAGAUUCACUCCUCAGACGUAUGCGGCCGUAGCACACUGCCACCAGGGCAUCCGGAGUCCCUGCCUGACUCCUGUGGGCCCCUCCCCUCAAGCACCUGAUAACUGUUUGAGGGACAGGAGGGCAGCGUGUCGCUUGGGACCCCCCCAGCCCCAGCCCUGCACUGCAGGGAGUGGGGUUCCUGGUAGCCUUUCCGUUUGGGCUCCUUAGAGUCAGGUUUCCUGCUGCUACCUCAGCCGGGGGCGCUGUCUCCUAUGGUGCUUCCUUCUCACGGUGCCAGCCUCAGCACCCACCUCCCCGCAAACCUGGCUCUUUGCUCCACGGAGAGCAUUGGCCUCCAGGCCAGCGUCUUGCCUCUUGCCCAGAGGGGUCUGAUCUUCAGGGCCGUGUGAGCGAGAGGUGCCUGGUGGGCGUCUCGGUGGCGCUCACCUCCUGCACCAGAACCUUGUCCCGACUAACGUUCUAACAGCCUCCCUCCAACCUUCCCGCCAGGGUCUGUCCCCUGGUUCCUGGACAGCGUGCAGGAUGACAUAGCUCCCCACGCCCCCGGUGGCAGGGCCAAGAAGGAAGGAAGAUGGCAGGAAAUGGGAAUAAAAUGGCAUUGGACACUGAACCUGUGCGUCUGGCCUCUGCUGUUACUGCGUCCCAAGACAAAAAGUCAACCGUGCCGGCCAGCGCUUGGUGCCCUAGCAGCUGAGGCAGGUUCCCUCAUCGGAACGGACUGUGGUAGGAGCGAGACCCACACACAGCCAGAGGCGA